AUGUCGCACGUGGAGCUCGCCCCAGAUGGUCAGGUACCAAAGGGGGACUUAGUGUCUCAAGACUGGGUUGCCCCAGUUGAACGACGCCACCUCAUCGAUGAGCACGUUAUUCAAGCUGAAAAUGAAGACAAGAUGACACCUUACCUGUUCUUCUUGAUCGCAUCGGCUGCCCUUGGUGGAUUUCUAUACGGUUACGACACUGGUGUUGUUGGUGUUGCACUUCCGUAUGUUGGGACCGAUUUUGGUCAUGAACUCUCCUACCUUCAACAAGAAAUUGCCACAGCCGCCACCACGGUCGGCUCCAUCUUUGGGGCUGCCAUCUUGGGUCUAUUCGCCGACAGCUGGGGUCGGAAGCGCUGCUUACUGAUCUCCGACCUAUUCUUUACUGCCGGUGCUAUCAUCAUUGCAUCGAGCUUUUCUCUCGGCCAACUCAUCGCUGGUCGUCUUGUCCUCGGCGUUGGAGUGGGUGGUGCCGCUGUCAUCUGCCCGCUGUACAUUACUGAGCUAGCGCCCACGGCGGUUCGGGGACGGUGUGUUGGGUCAAAUGGCUUCUGCAUCCCGUUCGGCCAGACAGUCGCGGUUGCCAUUGGUGCUGGUAUGCAGCACGUUCCGGGUAAUUGGCGGAUUCUUUUUGGUCUUGGCGUUGUGCCCUCCCUUUUGCAGCUCGGUCUCAUGCAUAAGCUACCGGAGUCGCCUCGUGUUCUUAUUCUUCGUGGCCAAGACGAACAAGCUCGAGAGGUACUCCAGACAAUUUACAGCUAUGCCUCACCGGAGAUUAUCGAGUUGAAGUUACAGAUCGUCAAAGAUCACAUUGCCGCCACCACAGCUCUACAGCGCUCGACUACCUUUUGGGAACGCACCAAGAAGCUAUGGAAUCACAAGCCAUACCUCCGUUCAAUCUUUACGGUCAGCUUCAUCCAAGUUUUUGGUCAAUUUACCGGAUACAACACCCUUCUCUACUACGCAGGAACUCUAUUCGGUCUCUUAGGUCUUUCUAACCCUGCUGUUGGAGGGUUGAUUCCCUCGAUUACCAACACUUUCUUCCUCCUGUGCGGCAUGAGUAUGGUGGACCGGAUCGGUCGCCGUGGGCUGCUUAUGAAAUUCGGUCCCAUCAUGGUCGUUGGUCUCACUUGGUGCCUCAUCGCUUUCUACUACAUGUGCAAGUCGACAGGGGGCGUCCUAGUUGAUGGCUACCCGUAUUCCCAGACCGACGUUGGCCUAGUUAUUGCCGGAAUCGUCAUCUUCGUCUCUGGCUUUGGAUCCACGUAUGCACACCUCUGUUGGUACCAGUCCGAGUACCUCGCUCUCGAGAUUCGUGCAGCAGGUAGUGCUAUCAGCACGACUGCAAGCUUUUCCGCAAAUUUGGUAGUCGCCGUGUCCUUUCUCACCGAACUCGAAAAUCUGACCCCCAGCGGCACAUAUGGUCUUUACCUUGGCUUCGUCAUCAUUGGUCUUGUCCUUGCCUAUUUCUGCUAUCCAGAAACUAAGGGUCUAUCGGUCGACGAAGCUUUCACUCUCUUCGACGAGGGCUUCGGUGUGAAAAAAUCGAAGGAGAUGCGACGAGAGAAGCUCGAAAUGCAAAACAACCACAACUCCGAGCACCCCCUUCAUAUUACUGUAACCGAGGGAGUUGUCAAAGGCGAAACCACUCAUACGGAGAAUGUUGACCCCAUCAAAUCAAUUGAUGGUAGUGAAUAA